UGAGCCCACAACCUUGGUGAAUCGGGAUGAUACUCUAACCAACUGACCUACCUGGCCAGGGUCAACGUUUACUAUUAGAAGAGUUUUGGGCCUUUAUUUAGAAGUUUGGUAGUGUUUUUGUAGCCAUAAAUACGCCAUAUGAACUCUUGUUUAUAUCAAUUAACCUAUGGUAAAAUUGGGUCCUUGUACAUCAUCUCACUUAAAGUGUAGCUUCCAAGAACCUGUUAAUGACGUUACGUGAGGACUGACUGACCUUCCUCUCGGACCCAGUACCCACCCUUCCAUGUCCCUGGACCCUCCGGGCGGGCGGGCAGCCUUUCUCAGUCCACAAGAGCUUUCUUUGUGCCACUGCGUACAUGUGUGUCACUGAGAAAGGCACCCAGGCCCUGUUCCUGAACACAGCCUAUGCCUUGGGGCCUUGCUGGGCCCACCUUAGUGAGAAAUGAGCAGGAACUGCAGUGGGGAGACCAUUUUUUCAACAUUAUCAGCGCAUUCCCGCUGACCGGGAGCAGGCACACUCUGUCUUCCCUUUUAGUUGUCACACUGGAAGCAAGUGUCCUCACGGUCUACUUGGUGCCUCAUUUUUGUGCUGUUUGUUGGUGAUUUCAGUUUAACUGGCCCCCAAAUGCUGUCUAGUGUUCCUCGGUGCAAGACGGCUGUGAGGAUCCGUAUGGAAAAAUGCAAGUUACAUGAGCUUAGGGGUGUAGUGCUAUUGGCUGAGCGUUCAAUGUUAAUGAAUCUACAAUAGGAGGCGUCUUGCAAGGUCAUGUACUGCUCCGCUAAUGGAAAUGUGACCAGAGGCUCGAAGGAACCCACCCCUGCAUGUCCCCUGCAGCAGCGGUUCAGCCCCUGCUAAUCCCUGUUUGCACGAACUACAGAACUGCUGUGAACAAGACUGCACCAUCCAGCUGGCCAGCCCUCAGUCCCUGUUAUUACUUGAACGGCCUUCAAAGGAAACUGCAGUCAUAGUACCCACCUAAAAACUUCUGCACACAGAUCACUAACCAGGGUUUAAUAUUUGAUGGUUCUUUUUUACGGAGGGGUCCAAAUUCAAUGAAAUGAACAAAUCUUAAGGGUACCUUCUCAGAGUUUUAAGGAAUUCAGAAUCCUGUGGAAUCCAGUGUCCAGCGUCAUUACCCCAGGAAGUUGAAGGGUUUGGCGAGGCGCUAGGGCGCGCAGUUGGCGCGGGGCAGCGGCGGCGAUGCCGGACCCCGCUGCGCACCUGCCCUUCUUCUACGGCAGCAUCUCGCGCGCCGAGGCCGAGGAGCACCUGAAGCUGGCGGGCAUGGCCGACGGCCUCUUCCUGCUGCGCCAGUGCCUGCGCUCGCUGGGCGGCUACGUGCUCUCGCUGGUGCACGACGUGCGCUUCCACCACUUCUCCAUCGAGCGCCAGCUCAACGGCACCUACGCCAUCGCCGGCGGGAAGGCGCACUGCGGCCCCGCCGAGCUCUGCGAGUUCUACUCGCGCGACCCCGACGGGCUGCCCUGCAACCUGCGCAAGCCGUGCAACCGGCCGUCGGGGCUGGAGCCGCAGCCCGGGGUCUUCGACUGCCUGCGGGACGCCAUGGUGCGCGACUACGUGCGCCAGACGUGGAAGCUGGAGGGCGAGGCCCUGGAGCAGGCCAUCCUCAGCCAGGCGCCCCAGGUGGAGAAGCUCAUCGCCACCACGGCACACGAGCGGAUGCCCUGGUACCACAGCAACCUGACGCGCGAGGAGGCCGAGCGCAAACUCUACGCGAGCUCGCAGACCGACGGCAAGUUCCUGCUGAGGCCCCGGAAAGAGCAGGGCACGUACGCACUGUCUAUGAUCUAUGGGAAAACCGUGUACCACUACCUCAUCAGCCAGGACAAGGCCGGCAAGUACUGCAUACCCGAGGGGACCAAGUUUGACACGCUCUGGCAGCUGGUGGAGUACCUGAAGCUGAAGGCGGACGGGCUCAUCUACUGUCUGAAGGAGGCCUGCCCCAACGCCAGCGCCAGCGCCAGCGCAGGGGCCGCUGCUCCCACCCUCCCCGCCCACCCAUCCACGUUCACCCAUCCUCAGAGACGGAUCGACACCCUCAACUCAGAUGGAUAUACCCCUGAACCAGCCCGCCUAGCGUCCCCAGAGAAGCCGCGGCCCCUGCCCAUGGACACGAGCGUGUACGAGAGCCCCUACAGCGACCCCGAGGAGCUCAAGGACAAGAAACUCUUCCUGAAGCGCGACAACCUCCUUGUAGCUGACAUCGAACUUGGUUGCGGCAACUUCGGCUCCGUGCGCCAGGGCGUCUACCGCAUGCGCAAGAAGCAGAUCGACGUGGCCAUCAAGGUGCUGAAACACAGCACAGAGAAGGCGGACAAGGACGAGAUGAUGCGCGAGGCGCAGAUCAUGCACCAGCUGGACAACCCCUACAUCGUGCGGCUCAUCGGCGUCUGCCAGGCGGAGGCCCUGAUGCUCAUCAUGGAGAUGGCGGGCGGCGGGCCGCUGCACAAGUUCCUCACCGGGAAGAAGGAGGAGAUACCCGUGAGCAACGUGGCGGAGCUGCUGCACCAGGUGUCCAUGGGGAUGAAGUACCUGGAGGAGAAGAACUUCGUGCACCGCGACCUGGCGGCCCGCAACGUCCUGCUGGUGAACCGGCACUACGCCAAGAUCAGCGACUUCGGCCUCUCCAAGGCGCUGGGCGCGGACGACAGCUACUACACCGCACGCUCGGCAGGGAAGUGGCCCCUCAAGUGGUACGCGCCGGAGUGCAUCAACUUCCGCAAGUUCUCCAGCCGCAGCGACGUCUGGAGCUAUGGGGUCACCAUGUGGGAGGCCUUCUCCUACGGCCAGAAGCCCUACAAGAAGAUGAAGGGGCCCGAGGUCAUGGCCUUCAUCGAGCAGGGCAAGCGGAUGGAGUGCCCGCCAGACUGUCCGGCCGAAAUGUAUGCGCUCAUGAGCGACUGCUGGAUCUACAAGUGGGAGGACCGCCCGGACUUCCUGACUGUGGAGCAGCGCAUGCGGACCUACUACUACAGCUUGGCCAGCAAGGCUGAGGGCCCCCCGGAGAGUGAAAAGGGGGCCAAAGCUGCCAGUGCCUGAGCACCCCCGCCCAGGGCCUGCAGGCCCCUAGGCCCAGCCUUUCCUCUGUGCCUUCGGCCCCAUCCCAGGAUCCAGUGUGGCCGGGCCAGGCCAGCUCCUCCCCGCAGCUGGGCUGUGAGUGGGAAGCUGAGGCCGAGGCCCACACUGGUUAGGCAUGUCCUACCUGGUCACCCAUCCUUUCUGGCUGGCGGAGGAGGGAUGCCCUGAGAUGGGGGUGGGGUUGUGUAGCUUGGCCCUGGGCGGGUAUGUACUGGGGGGCCCUGAGCCGAGGGGUGCUUACAACAAGGACCCUCCUUUCUCGCCCUGAAGGGGAGGACUCUGGGAGUCCUCAGGUGGCAAGACCUUAACCAUGGAAUAAAUCAGCUUCUCUCUUG